CAUAUUGUUUUGCAUCAUAUGCGGUUUUGUCGAACAAUUGUUUACGGAAAAUUAUUAUUUGUCAUUUGGUCUCACCAGAAUGUAGUGUUUCUAAUAUAGUGUUUUAUUAAUAAAUAAUAUUAAAGAGUAGAACAUUCAGUAAUUUGGAAAUAUGGAUAUGAGUAAUGUCGUUAAAUCCAGUCUCGGUUUCAAAUAUCCAUCUUUAAGGGACGAUCCUUUACAUUCAGGCCUAAAAUGGUUGGAAGGAAAAAAUACAGACGACAAAGCUGAAAAUCUAUGGAGAAUUCAUGAUAAAUUAUACGAUUUAAGAAAAUUUGUAAAUCUUCACCCCGGAGGGUCAGAAUGGAUAGAAUUAACUAAGGGUACUGAUAUAACUGAAGCUUUUGAAUCACAUCAUCUGUCACCUAAGGCUGAAAAUUUGCUUCCAAAAUAUUUUGUAAAAGAAUCGUCUACUCCAAGAAACUAUCCAUUUACAUUUAAGGAAAAUGGUUUCUAUAGAACACUAAAAAGGAAUAUUUAUCAAGAAUUAGAGACAGUUCCCAAAAGUGCCAUAACCAGGACAAAGAUUCUGAUAGAUUCUCUAUUAGUUUCUUAUUUAUCAUUUUUCCUAUUAGCUGUAUAUUACAAAAGUGUUAUCCUCGGAAUACUAUCUGGACUGAGUUUGGGUUUCUUGACUGGAGCUGCCCAUAAUUACUUUCAUCAGAGAAAUAGUUUUAGAAGGUUUUAUUUUAAUUUCUCAAUGAUGAGUUGCAGUGAAUGGAGAAUAAGUCAUGUGCUGAGCCACCAUAUGUAUACUAAUACAGUUUAUGAUCUAGAAAUAUCAUCUGUAGAGCCAUUUUUUCAAUAUUUACCAGGAAAGAAGAAUUUUAUAGUAAGAUAUGGGUCUUGGAUAUAUGGAGUAUUUAUUUAUGCUGUAUUAUUUGUAACAUCAUACAUAAAAACAGCGGCGUCUUUAAGAAGCAAAGUCAAUUGGACCUUUCUUCUGCCAUUUUUACCAUUAAUUCUUUCGUGGGUCAUCACUAAUCAGCCACUAGAAAUCUGCGCAUUCUUUUUUUUGUGGAUUAUUACUAUUGGUAGCUUACAUUUCGCAAUUAUAGGACUAAAUGCAGCACAUCAUCAUCCAGAUAUAUUCCAUGAUGGAGAUACUGCACGGCCAAAGACGGAACUUGACUGGGGUGUUUUUCAACUGGACGCCGUGAUGGACCGGAAAGACAUAACUGGAUCUCAUUUUCUAGUUUUGACAAACUUUGGUGAUCAUGCAUUACAUCACCUGUUUCCGACGCUGGACCACGGAAUUUUAACCUAUCUUUAUCCAGUUUUUCUGAAAACCUGCAAGGAAUUUGGCGUAGAAUGGAGAUUGCAGAGCCAGUUGGAUUUGAUUAAAGGACAAUACAGGCAAUUGGCUAAAAUUGUCCCUAAUCAAACGCCUCCAAAGAAAUUGAUAAAAACUGGCUAGUGAACAAUGUAAUUAUGGUUUUUGGUGACUAUUUAAUAAUUUUGUAUUUGUGAUUAUUUGUUAUAUAGUUUUAUAGAGUGGCAAUAUUGAUUUUUAUAAUCUAUCUUCUUAAGUCUUUAUAGUUCCAUAUAAUGUGAUUAAUAAGUUGGGUGAUCCAGCGUGUUUUAAAUCUUGAUAGAUUAACCAAUACUUAUGCAAAAUUCGAUUUUUUAUGACAAAGUUAAAACUCCGUGAGUUUAACUUUUUAAUUUUGGUAGAGUUGAAAGUUGAAAGUGACCAGUCUAUUAUCUAUCAAUAUUCUGAUACUUUACCUGUUAUAUUCCUAAGAGAAUUAUGUACUACUAAUGUAGGAAUAUUUCAACUAAACUACUGACUCUAAUCUAGUAUAUUGUCAGUCUUAAGCAGCUGCAAUCACAGUCUUUUUGCCGAGGAGCAAGGAGAAAGACACCACCUACCUGCUGAGCCUUAUCCAGGGUCAGAACUUCAAUGUAAGGACAUCGAGUUGGCGAGUCAUCAACUCGAGGGAGGAGGGUUAUGGUCAGGUCCUCACAAUAGGAAUUGACCUCAAAUCCAAGGAGGCAAUAGAGAAAGAGGGACGUCUAUUAUAGAUAAGGGACAGCACGGGUAUCAGGUCUAAGGAAAGACCAAGUUAAAGAGGUUGAGAAAAUGGAGACAGAUCCUCCAGCCUACACCUCAUGGGUACCUCAGUCGGAGGCAAUCUCCUCGACUGUGAAGGGCUCCGAACUCCAACCGUGGAAGGGUGUGUACCCUCGGAGGAAGAACAUCUGUUGUCAGAGGGGGAUGGGAAAUACCCUGUCCCCUCUACAACAGAGGUAUGAUAGGUUAUAGACUGUGUGAUGACUCAAGUAAGGGGGGCACAAUAGAUCUUUAAGGUCGCAGUAACUACCCCUCUCACUCAUUCUACAUUCUAAGCAGCUGCUUGCAAGUGCUGAUAUGAUAUUAAAGUAACAAGUUUUUGAAUUUAAAUUAAUUCCAUUAUAAUAUCAACAGUAGAAAUACAUUUAAUAGUUCAUUACAAAUAAUACUGAGUAUCUUCUGAUUUGUAAACAAGUCAGAUUAUUAAUUACCUGAAUAUAAAACAAAUGUUUGGAGUUUAUAGCUUUCGCUAAUAUAUAGGAUAAAAAUAUAAAGUGAUAUUAUAGGACUUAUAAGUAAGAGAUUAACUAAAAAUAAAAACACUGAAUAAAAGAACGAUAUAACUUGUUUAUUUGUGCCUUAUAUCAUACAACAUAUUCACACAUACAAUAAUAGUUAAAUAUACCUGGACUUUUUACAAAAUACACCGUUGGAUUUAAUGUGUAAAAAUACAAAGAAAUGCGGAGAACAAAGGCUGUUUGUGAUGGUAAAUACGUGUCUCUUUCUGAACCUUCUCUCUCCGUUUUUCCUGUAUCAAUUAUAAAUAUUUUCUUUUAACGCUUCUAAUGGCUUUCUUGUUCAAAAUGAAACAACGGAGUCAUACUUCUAGUCGAAAAAAAAGUAUAAUGAACGAAAGAAAAAAAAA